AUGAAUCAUUUCAAAAGAAAAUUCACCACAACUGGAAUCAACAAAUUUGAAUCAAAACACCGGAAAAAAACUAUACAAUCAUCGGUUACGACAUCUGUCCCAUGUCCAAAACAAUCUGUGACAGAAGAAAUACCUGCAACGAUAUACGAGACAAAAUGGCAAUAUUUACGAAAGAAAUGGGUAUUAGAUACGAAAGAUGAAUUUUACUAUUAUUGGUUAAGUGUUGUAUCAUGCGCAUUUACUUAUAACUUAAUUGUUGUCAUUGCUCGAUCAGUUUUUUAUGAUUUGGGUUCCGGUUAUUACUGGAUUGUCUGGUUAUUAGUGGAUCUUAUUAUGGAUCUAAUUUAUGCACUCGAUAUGUUUGUACGUUCCAGAACAGGUUUCCUGGAACAAGGUUUGCUUGUUCAAGAUAUUUCACGAAUUACAAGGCUUUAUCUGAAAUCAAUGCAAUUUAAAUUGGAUAUAAUUAGUGUUCUUCCAUUUGAUCUUAUCUUAUCAUUAAUAUUUCGUCAAUCAGUACCGCAUUUACGUUUCAAUCGGAUUAUUCGUUAUCCACGCCUUUCGGAUUUUAUCGAUCGUACCGAAACUAGGAGUUCGAUGCCAAAUGCAUUUCGUAUAUUUUGUGUUAUUGUCAAUAUUAUUAUAAUCAUUCAUUGGAAUGCUUGUAUAUAUUUUUUUAUAAGUGAGGCAAUUGGCCUUGGCACUGAUGGUUGGGUCUAUGGAUCACUCAAUAAGCAAAGUUUACCUGAUGGUGUAGAAGAUACACUUGCAAGGCGUUAUAUCUAUAGUUUUUAUUGGUCUACAUUAAUUUUAACAACAAUUGGUGAAGUACCAAGUCCAAAGAGGAAUAUGGAAUUCCUUUUUGUAAUUGUAGAUUUGAUGUGUGGUGUAUUAAUCUUUGCUACUAUAGUUGGUAAUGUUGGCAGUGCAAUAUCAAAUAUGAGUGCAGCAAGGACAAAAUUUCAAAAUCAAAUGGAUAACAUUAAACAGUAUAUGAAAUUGAGAAAAGUGAACAAAGAACUUGAAACACGAGUUAUUAAAUGGUUUGAUUAUUUAUGGGAACAUAAGCAAUCUUUAAGUGAUCAACGUGUAUUGAAAGUGCUUCCGGAUAAGUUGCAAACGGAAAUUGCUAUGCAAGUGCAUUAUGAAACUCUUAGAAGAGUACGUAUUUUUCAGGAUUGUGAAGCCGGUCUUUUAGCUGAAUUAGUGUUAAAACUUCAACAGCAGACAUUUUCUCCCGGUGAUUAUAUAUGCAAAAAGGGUGAUAUUGGACGUGAAAUGUAUAUUGUUAAACGUGGUAAAUUACAAGUUGUUGCUGAUGAUGGGAUUAAAAUUUUUGCUACAUUACAGGAAGGCGCUGUUUUUGGCGAACUUAGUAUACUUAAUAUCGCUGGAAGUAAAAAUGGUAACCGAAGAACAGCAAAUGUACGAUCAGUUGGUUAUACGGAUUUGUUUGCCUUGAACAAAAAGGAUCUUUGGAUUGCAUUAAAGGAGUAUCCGGAUGCAAGGAAACUACUCAUUGCAAAAGGUCGAGAAAUUCUUCGAAAAGAUGGUCUAUUGGAUGAAGAUGCACCAGAAGAGCAGAUCAGUGCAGAGGAGAUGGCCAAAAGUUUACAAAAUACAUCAAAAAUUCUGCAAACAAAAAUGGCUCGAUUUGUAGCAGAAUUCAACAGUACGAAAUCGAAAUUGUUGGCAAGAAUUGAAUAUUUAGAAACACAAUUAGCAAAAUACCAAACAAAUGAUAACUUAGCCAAUGCAGAUGAUGAUGAUGAUUAA